AUGAUGAAAAUCCCAAACAAUCCAGGAGCAGGUGAAAACGCUCUUGAACCAAUAUACAUAAAGGAUGAUGAUGGAUAUGAUAUUGAUGCAUUUUUAGUACCUGUUCAUUACAAAAAUUAUAUUACAAAAGUACUAAUUCCUAAUGGUGUAUUAAAAAAUAGAAUAGAAAAAUUGGCUUUUGAUAUAAAAAGAGUAUAUAAAAAUGAAGAAUUUCACAUAAUUUGUUUAUUAAAGGGAUCAAGAGGUUUUUUUAGUGCAUUAUUAAAAUAUUUAAAUAGAAUUCAUAAUUAUAGUUCUAGUGAAUCUUCAAAACAUUUAUAUGUAGAACAUUAUGUAAGAGUGAAAUCAUAUUGUAAUGAUAAAUCUUUGGAUAGAUUAGAAAUAGUUAGUGAAGAUUUAUCAUGUUUAAAAGAUAAACAUGUUUUAAUUGUAGAAGAUAUAAUAGAUACGGGAAAGACACUCUUAAAAUUUUGUGAUUAUUUAAAAAAAUUUGAAGUGAAAACAGUAGCAGUUGCAUGUUUAUUUAUUAAAAGAACACCUUUGUGGAAUGGAUUUAAAGCAGACUUUGUUGGAUUUUCAAUACCAGAUGGUUUCGUUGUUGGUUAUAGUUUAGAUUAUAAUGAGAUUUUCAGAGAUCUUGAACAUUUAUGUUUAGUUAAUGAAGAAGGUAUAAAAAAAUUCAAAGAUGUAAAAAUUUAA